CACCGUGCUUUGAGCCCCUGUCGCGGUUAAUGGCUGUUGCAAGCGCUGGCUUUUUAGAGAAGCUUUGGGCGAACGCUACCGUCAUCGCGGCGGCUCCCAACCCCUACUCGCACGCCGCUCGCGCCUACCUGCACGUGGGAGGCAGCUGGAAGUCAAGCAAGGAGCGCUGCCGGCCGCUGCCCUUCAGCCACUUCGCCGCCGACCCCGCCUCGCUGCCCAUCCAGGGCGGCAUGUUUCGCUGCAACGUGGCCACCGAUAAGGAGGAGGAGGGCAAGCAGGGCGUCACGCGGGAGAUGAGGGAGGCGGGCAUGCCAGUGCCCGGCGGUGCCGUACAUGACCUGAGCCGCGUGGAGCCGGUGGCCGCCUGCCUCACCAGCGGGGAGGGCGGCUGGGCGGCGGACUACGUGGUCAGGGCGGAGGUGCCGUACGUGCUGGAGGACCUGGAGGCCGCUGUGGCGCUGGCCACGGAGAGGCGGCGUAGCGGUGGCGGCAUGGAGAGCUCAGCGCUGCAAGGGCAGCUGCUGGUUCCCAACAAGGACUUUGUGCAGCGGCAUUUCGGGGAUGAGCCCGACACGGAGCAGCUGGCAGCGUUGUACGAGACGUGCGGCGCGGUGUGCCGGCAGCAGGUUGAGGAGUUCUACCGGGCGGACCUGCAGCUGCUCGGCUUGGCGGUGUGAGUCGGGAGGGAGGUGUUGGAAGAGGAUGGGUCGUGAGGGGUUGCCUGGGCGAUUUCUUGCGUGCGCUUGGUGAUUUCAUGUUUUUGUGAGCUGUUGUGAGGUCCCGAGGUUACAGUGGGGUAAAGAGGAAGAACCUGACGGGGCUUCACAACGGGGUGGGAUGCAGGGAUGGGGUACACUGUGGUGGAUGGUGCAGGACUAGAGGACUAAAGCCAAUGUUGUAAGUAGUAAUGAUGGCCAUCACAGGUUCACCGGUAUGGGUAUGCCUGUGUUGUGCUUAGGCUGUUCACCCACAGACCCACUGCAGAUUGUGGCUACUGCCAACUAGGUGGCAACCUGGGGUUUACACUGCUUGUGCUUUCUAUCAUCGCAUGGUUGAAAAUAAGUGUGUAGUCGGUAUCUCGAAGGGCUCGGAGAGGUUGCUCGCAAUGAAGGGCUCGUUGUUGGAUUUUGUAGCGCGACCUCUGGGACGGACGAAACCCAUGGAUGCGGCCCUGGGCUAAUGGACGUCCUUUGCGGCCGAAUGAAUUGUAUGUGAUAAACCAUAAAGGAUAGUAGCUUUCUU